UUUGUCUCAAUUAUAUACAAAUAUUUAAGGAUACUAUUUUUUAUUUAUAUAUCAAACACAAAAAGAAUAUAUAUAUAUAUAUAUAUAUAUUUAUGUGAUUCAUUUUUCUAUUUUCCAUAAGACGUAAAAUUUUAUUAGGGAAAUGAACAUUACAGCAAUCUUCAAUUAUACCGUAUAGGUGUAAGUAAGUUUGAAUAAUGUAUCUAUCAUCAAUCAUGCAUGCAUCCUAUCAUAGAAGAAAAGAGUUGUAAACCUUUGCGCAUGUGAAUUAAUCCCUUUAUUCACAAGAUAAUUUAAUAGGGUUCUUUGAGUGAAAAUGUAUCCAAGCUAACCCACAUUACCAAUUCCUUUCCUCAAAAGAUUUGUAGACAUUUUUUUAUCAAAUGAUUUCUCCUGCCAUGCAGAGACCUUUAUUUCUUCAUUUUGAGUUUUCCUUUUAAUUAAUUAGUUUGAAGAAGCUACUCCAAUGUUCAAGGAAAGGUACACCUACAGAUAAUUACUAGUAUAAUUUUGCAAGUACUAGCUUUAUGGCCAAGUGAUACCAUAUAUUUAAUGUAGUAGCAACAUAACAUAGACAAUAAUAGUUCACUCUAGCGACUAACUUGUAUUUGGGAAAAGAAAGGCAACUUUCAAAGGAAGCUGGUAAUAAAAUAAUGCAAUUAUGAAUGAGAGUUGGCUAGUAUAAAAUGGGGGAUGUAGUAAUGGAAAUUUCAUCACUCAUUCUAACACAAUUAGAGAAGAGCAAUGGGAAGCGGCCACAUUAUUGUUGUGGGUUUGGGGAUUGUGAUGGUAAUGUUUAUAGCAUUGGCAGAGGCGACUCCCCCGGGAAUAGCUAAUCAUCCAAGCCAUUCUCAUUGCUCAGAUGAUGAGAUUAAGCAAUGUAAAAAUCUUCCUCAUGUCUGUCCCAAAUUCUGUCCAAAUGGAUGCAUAACCGAAUGUCGUUCUUGCAAGCCUAUUUGUGUUGAUGGCUCAGUCCCACCAUCUCCUCCCGAGGAAGAUACUCCACCAUCACCAUCUCCUCCACCUAAGAAACAAACUCCACCAGCUGUACCAUCUCCUCCUAAGAAAGAAACUCCACCUAAGAAAGACACUCCACGACCAUCUCCUCCUAAGAAAGAAACUCCACCAAAGAAAGACACUCCACCGCCAUAUCCUCCUAAGGAAGAUACUCCACCAUCACCAUCUCCUCCUAAGGGAUCAACUCCACCACCAUCUCCUCCUAAGGAAGAUACUCCACCAUCAUCUCCUCCUAAAGGAUCAACUCCACCACCAUCUCCUCCAAAGGAAGACACGCCAUCUCCUCCUAAGGAAGAUACUCCUAAGCCAUCUCCUCCUAAGGAAGAUACUCCACCAUCACCAUCUCCUCCUAAGGAAGAUACUCCACCGCCAUCUCCUCCUAAGGAAGAUACUCCACCGCCAUCUCCUCCUAAGGAAGAUACUCCACCGCCAUCUCCUCCUAAGGAAGAUACUCCACCACCUUCAGUGCCACCCUCAUCUCCACCUCCUCCGGCUUAUCCACCACCCACUCCUAAACCACCCACACCUAAGAUGGUCAAGUGCAAGAACAAGUACUACCCUAGUUGUUAUGCUAACCAGCAUGCAUGCCCUGCCUCUUGCCCCGAGAGCUGUCAAGUCGAUUGUGUCUCUUGCAAGCCCGUUUGCAAAUGUGACAAGCCUGGAGCAGUUUGCCAAGAUCCACGAUUCAUCGGUGGAGAUGGAAUUACCUUUUACUUCCAUGGAAAGAAGGACAAAGAUUUUUGCCUUGUUUCAGACCCUGAAUUCCACAUAAAUGCACACUUCAUCGGAAGGAGAAACGAGAACAUGAAGAGAGACUUUACUUGGGUACAAUCCAUUGGUAUCCUUUAUGGAACUCACAAAAUCUCAGUUGCCGCACUAAAAACAUCAACAUGGGAUGAUUCCAUUGACCGUCUAGCCCUUCAAUUCAACGAUGAACCAAUAUUUCUUCCUGAAAGUGAAGGCGCGAGUUGGAAAUCUGAAACUGUACGUAAGACCUCAAUAACAAGAAUUAGCAAUACUAACGAGGUUGUCAUUGAUGUAGAAAAUGUUGUGACGAUCACAGCCAAGAUUGUGCCUAUUACAGAGCAUGAAUCACGGGUACAUAACUAUGGGAUAACGAGUGAUGAUUGCUUUGCUCAUCUUGAACUUGGGUUCAAGUUUGUAUCUCUGAGUGAUGAAGUGAAUGGUGUUUUAGGCCAAACUUAUAAGAAGGACUACGUGAGCAAAGUUAAGAUGGGCGUUUUGAUGCCAAUAAUGGGAGGUGACAGAAAAUUUGCAGCUUCAGGACUCUUCAAUGCUGAUUGUUCUGUAGCUAGGUUUCAAGCAAAUGAAGAACAAUCCGACAUUUUUAAGGCUUCAAAGAACUUAGAGCUUCCAAGUUUGAAUUGCAAUAGCGGAAUUUAUGGACGUGGAGUUGUCUGCAAGCGAUAGUUUACCAUUUGAUCAUUUUAUCACAAUAAGGUUUGUAAACCAAUACUAAUAAUGGUCCUAUAUAAAAAGAAAAAUUGGACCAAAAGAAAAACAAACACUUUGAUUUUUUAUUUCUAUGGUUAAUGAUAUUGUUUCAUCAUGUUAUUGAGGAAGUAUAUAUGUUCAACGUGUUACUUACAAUUUCAUGUA